AUGACGAUGACUGGCCGUGUGCUGCUGGUGUGUGCCCUCUGCGUGCUGUGGUGCGGUGCCGGCGGUGGUGAACCAUCUGAAACACCUUCUCCAGCUCCUCCGGAUACACCGCACGAAAAGAACCCUCAAAAAGAAGAAGAGGCCUUCGUUGGCACUGGACAAGGUGUCAAAAAUGAUGAACCGGAAAUACCACAAGCACCUGCACCAAAGGCGUCAGAAUCACCGGUAGUGUCAGCGGAAUCAUUACAGGCACAACAAUCCGGAGGAGGAGCAUCAGUAACGGCAAGUGCAACGACGGACAACAAGGAUCAAAAUGCAAAAGAAGAUAAAAAGGAGGAAGAAGCUAAGGAUGACGACGAAGACGAAGAAGAGGAAGAGGAAGAAGAGGAACAAGAAGAUCGUGACAGUAUACCUGAUGGUCGUGAAGAGGAGACGGAAGUAAUAAUAUCAGAGCAAGAGACAGAACAAGACAAAAAAAACGCAGGUAAUCAGGCACCAACGGAGACACCUGGAGGUCCAACCAAUAACGAAGAAAUAAAAACAGCAACAACGCAAGUGAAUGGACAGCCCAGCCCUGAGGAUUUAGGGGAUGUGAAACAAUCAGAAGAAGUCCAAGGCGAAAAGGACUCAAACCACAAUCCACAAACAAAGAGCGUUGCCUCCAUCGCAGCCAAACAACAGAAU